AUGGGCCAGCUAAAGACCCAUGUGGAGAGCCUAAUAGGAGCUGCAACUGCCGAAGUUGAUCUGCUAAGAGCUGCAGAAGGUGAAAAAGGUGAGGAGAGGAAGCUGCAUUGGGCUAAAUGGAAAACUUUUUGGGCUAAGAAAGAGAGUGGUGGACUGGGGUUCAAUGACCUGGGAGCUUUGAUCAAUCAUUCGAUUGAAAUCAAUUUUGAUGAAGCACUGAAGGAUGCCUUUUUAAUAAUGCGUCUUAUCCGUAAAAUCAUGAGAACAUGUCGCGUGCAAGGGACUGAUGACGAUGGGUCUUGA